AUGUCAACAGAAGUGCGCCUCCAACGCCAGCUCGAACACAACAAGCGUCUACGUGAACAAUUUGAGCGGGAGCGCAUCUCGGUAUCACAGGCCAGCUCUGCACUUAUCCAAUACUGCAUGAGCAACAAAGAUGUCUUCAUCACACCGGUCUGGGGCGAGCUGGAAAAGCAGGAUGACCCAUUCUUGGUCCAACCCAAGGGUUGCGGAUGCAGCGUCAUGUAA